UUUGUGAAGUCGAUUCCGUUGGUUCUUUUUCUUGAAACUUGAAAUUACCUUGCUGUUUUCAUGUGAUAGCUGAUUGCGAUGCCGCUUAAAAAGUGAGAACUUGAGAUGUUUUAAAGUGUUGUUAAAAUAAAGUCCAUUUGUUUAACAAAAUAUCUUCAUAGAGAAAGUCACUAUGGGUGAUGAUAUACUCACAGAUUGUGAAAAUACACAAACUCAAACCCAAAACUCGCAAAUAGAUUGGAGCCAACACAAUACACCAUCUUUCAUACCUAAUAUUUGGGGAAGACUUUAUCCUACUAAAACGUCGGUCAAAGGACAAUAUUGUUGGAAAAAACACAACGCUGAAUAUUAUGAUCUUAUACAAGCAGAAUUUACACUGGGGAGAUCACUGAAAUGCACAUAUGUAAUGAGAAGAGAGCUUGUAAGUGAAAACAUAAUUAAAAAUGUUAGCAAACAACAUUUUAUUAUCACAAGGGAUCUAUCAGAGCCCCUUAAUCCAGCUAUCAUAACAGACCUAUCCUACAAUGGUACUUUUGUUAAUGGAGAAAAAAUUGGAAAAGGAAAUAGUAGAGUGCUGGAUGACAAUGAUGUAAUUUCUGUUACACAUGCUCUAAUGAAGAUUUUUGUUUUCAAAGAUUUACUUAAAAAUGAACAAGACCAGGUACCCAAAGAAAUCUCACAGAAAUACUACAUAUCAAGGACACUGGGUCAAGGUGCUUGUGGAAUUGUUAAAUUAGUUUAUGAUAAAAAAAAAUGUUCAAAACAUGCCAUGAAAAUGAUUAAAAAGAGCAGGCUUACAAAUGGACAAAUCAACCAUUUGACAGACCCAGAGAAAAUAAUGAAUGAAAUCAACAUUAUGAAAGCUUUGAGGCAUCCCUGUAUAAUAUCGACAGAAGAAGUGUUCGACGCUCGCGAUGCUGUGUACAUUGUGCUGGAACUCAUGCAGGGUGGAGAGUUGUUCGACAGAAUAACCAAACAGGGUCGGCUCACGGAGCAGCUUACUCGGUUCUACUUCAGGCAAAUGAUACUGGCAGUCAAGUACCUUCAUUCUCAAGGCAUCACUCACAGAGACCUUAAGCCUGAGAAUGUUCUAUUGGAGAGUAAGGACGAGAAGACACUAGUCAAGAUUACUGAUUUUGGACUGAGCAAGUUUGUAGGUGAAGACAGUUUCAUGAAGACAAUGUGUGGAACGCCACUUUAUCUGGCACCUGAAGUACUGCGGGCGAACGGACAGAGAUGCUAUGGGUCACAGGUUGAUGUCUGGAGCUUGGGUGUCAUAUUCUUUGUUUGUCUUGUUGGCUAUUUGCCGUUCUCAUCAGAAUAUAAAGACAUGUCACUGAAAGAUCAAAUAAUGAAUGGAAGGUACCGUUUCUCUCAAGCGCACUGGAAAGGCGUCAGUUUGCAGGCCAAACUGCUCAUGCGCGGCAUGCUUACUGUUCAGGCUGAGAGACGCUUGACAUUAGAUCAGAUACUCAACCAUCCGUGGAUGGAGGAUAACGAAAUUACUAUUAGUGUGGAAAAAUUAAUUUCACAUAGAUCUGACACUAAAAGUUACGAGUUGAUUUCGUCGGUUUCUGACGAGAAAGAAAAUUCAGCAGAAAAUGUCACUGUGAUAAGGUUGACGGCCGCGGCCAAAAGGGCGAUGAGCGACAGUUUCAACUCUGCCGAACCUAUCCCCAAAAAAAUGAGAGUUGCUAAUGAUACGAGCUCGACGAAUAGCUAUUGUUCUGAAGACUGAUUUGCUUAGAUUGGCUAAAUAUUAUUAUUACUAUAAUAUCAAUUUUUUUUGUGAACUUUGGCAUAAACAGAUACUAUGAUUUUAGAAGAACCAGAAAGGUAGACCUAUCUCUUUGACUUGGUAAUCUCAACUGUGGUGUCUGCUUAUGAUAAUUUCCAUUUUCAAAUUUAUUUUCUCACCUGCAGUAUUGUUAUUGUUGUUAACCCUGUUUAAGCUUAUUUUAGAAUUCGCUAGAUAACACGUUAUUUUUUUAUUUUUUAUUUUAUUUGCCCACCUCCAGUAUUGUCUUAGCAGUAAUAAGUAUGCUAAGUAAUUAUAGAAUCUACUUAAGAAUUUAUCUUCAGAUAGAUUCUGUAGAUAAGUUUUUAAUUUUUAAUACAAUUGUACCUCAAUAUGUACCUCGAAUUACUUAAUUAUUAAUUUUAAUUACAUGUAAGAGAAUUGUUUUUAUUCCUAGUAUAUUGUGAUUAUUCUACUGGUCAAUUAAUGUUACAAGUUGAUUUAUUAUUGUGAUGUUAAUGGUUGAUGACUUAUGUCGAACUUAAAACAAAUGUCUUGUGUUGACAUUAGAGUACAAUACUCAAUCGUAAGUGUGAUUGCGUGGAACAUUCAUGUGAAAAAUUGACGUGCCAUCAUGUUUCAUUUGGCGUGCUCCCAGGUAUGCUAUUUUAAUGAAAAUAAG